AGAUUUUGGCAUGGCAAGAAUAUUUGGCGGAGAUGAGACUGAAGGAAAUACAAAAAGAGUAGUUGGAACCUAUGGUUACAUGUCUCCGGAAUAUGCAAUGGAUGGCCUCUUCUCUGUUAAGUCCGAUGUUUUCAGCUUUGGGGUUUUGGUGUUAGAAAUAGUAACCGGGAAGAAGAACAGGGGAUUCUAUUAUCAAAAUAACCAACUCAACCUUCUUGGACAUGCGUGGAGACAAUGGAAAGAAGGGAGCGGCUCAGAGUUACUAGAUCCAUCUUUUGGAGAAUCGUUUUCUCCGUCUGAAGUAAUGAGAUGCAUACAGGUUGGACUGUUGUGUGUCCAGGAACAAGCGGAAGACAGACCAAACAUGGCCACUGUGGUUUUGAUGUUAGGCAGUGAAAGCGCGUCACUACCUCAGCCUAAAAACCCAGGAUUUUGCCUUGGAAGAAGACCCGUUGAUUCUGAUUCAUAUUCGACUAAUUAUGAAGAAACUUGCACUGUCAAUCAAGUUACAGUUACCAUGAUAGAUCCCCGGUAGUUGAUGGUGUCGCCCUCAAGAAGUGUAUAUUACUACAAGAGGUUCACAAUUUUCUCUUGUAUACUUUCUCAGUUUUUGCUUUUUUGGUAAGUUUUGUGUAAGAUAAAGAGUAUAAUUAGGUCUUUUUUUCUCAUUACAUACAAUUGUGGGUUCAAAAAUCUCUUUUUUCAUCAUCAAUGUAAUAGUCCAAUCAUUCCUUUUCCA